AUGGCCAUGAAUGUGUUUCGACUCAUUGCAGACUUGAUGCACCUGGCAUCUAUCUUUAUUCUCUUGCAUAAAAUCAAAACCUCACGUUCCUGUGUCGGCAUCUCAUUCAAAUCACAGCUACUGUAUUCGGUUGUCUUUUUGACACGCUAUUUGGACUUGUUUGGCGUAUGGCAUUCGCUCUACAAUUCGUGUAUGAAGAUCUUUUUUAUUGCAACGUCCUUGUACAUUGUGUACCUCAUGCAAGUCAAGUUCAAGGCCACUUAUGACGCCAAUCUCGACACGUUCCGGGUGGAAUACUUGUUAGGUGGUGCUGCUGUAUUUGCAUUGUUGACUACGUUUGAUUACUCGGUUUUGGAGGUGCUUUGGACAUUCUCGAUCUGGCUCGAAUCGGUCGCUAUUCUUCCGCAAUUAUUCAUGCUUCAACGUACCGGUGAAGCCGAGACAAUCACAACACAUUACUUGUUUGCUUUGGGUGGAUACCGUGCCUUGUACCUCGUCAACUGGAUCUACCGAUACAUCAACGAAGGCCAUGUCGAUUGGGUUGCAUGGGUAGCUGGCAUUGUACAAACACUCCUUUACAGUGAUUUCUUUUACAUUUACUAUACCAGAGUUCUCAAGGGACGCAAAUUCGAAUUGCCAAAGUAA